CGUCAAAUCGGUACUCAAUUACUUACGAACUUUCAACAGUCCAUCAACUGCUGCUGACUUCUUCAACGCUGCCGUCGUUGCAUUGUUAGUGUGUGUGCGUGUAUCCUGUAAACUCGAAAACUUUUUCCACUUAAAGGAUUAUAAUAAAUUAAAAUAAAAAAGGAGCAAAAUGGUCGCUAACAAGAAAAUCGCUUUUGCUGUUCUGCUGUUCGCCGCUGUCAUGAGCGAGGUUUUGUGCCAGCAAGUUGCUGAGGAUAACGCUUCCGAUGUUGCUGAAGGUCGCACAUUCAGCCAUCACUUCCUGAAGCGUUUAAGUUUCGCUGUCAUUCCCGGCGCCUUUGUUGUUGGUGUGAUCACCACACUGUUGGCCGCACUCACCGUUGUAUCCAUGAAGGGUCUGGGUGUUGGUGUCAUCCUCUUGAUUCUGGCUAUCGGUCAAAUGCUCUCACGCGCCAUUCCACAAGUGCAUGCUGCCGCUUACACCGCUCCCGCACCCGUGCCGGUAGUGUACUCGCACUCGCACACCCAACAACCCGUCUGGCUCGAGAAGGAAUGGUAAAAGGCAUCGCCGCACAUAAGUGUAAAGGACUUUUGUUACCUCAGUGCAGUUGAAGAGAAAAACGAAUGCUGAAAUUAGACCAAAAAUAUUAUUAACUCUUAAUUAU